AUGCCUCACCUUCUCUCUACUCCUCACGUCACUCCCCACAUCUUCGGCUACCCCGGCAAGUACGAGGAGCCACAAGACAAUGGCCUCAUCGGCAAGGAUCUCGAAUACUUUUCCGAUGCUGGCUUUGACAUGUCCAAAAUUCACCUCAAGAGGAACGCUCCCGUAGCCCAGCUCUACGAGGAUGCCGUCCGAUAUGAGGGUGCUGUCAUCUCCUCGUCUGGUGCACUGAUCAACUUUUCCGGUAAAAAGACUGGUCGUUCGCCCAAGGACAAGCGUAUCGUCUAUGAGGAAACCUCCAAGGAUGACAUCUGGUGGGGACCCGUCAACAUCAAGAUGGACGAACACACUUUUGAGAUCAACCGUGAGCGUGCGAUCGACUACCUGAACACUCGCGAUCUCGUCUAUGUCUUCGAUGGAUAUGCCGGAUGGGACCCACGCUACAGGAUCAAGGUCCGCGUCGUCUGCGCGCGCGCGUACCAUGCCCUCUUCAUGCACAACAUGCUUAUCCGCCCCACCGAGGAAGAACUCGCCAACUGGGGUGAACCUGAUUUCAUCAUUUACAAUGCUGGUCAAUUCCCGGCCAACCGUUUCACCACCGGCAUGACCAGCACGACUUCGGUUGAGAUUAACUUCAAGCGCAUGGAGAUGGUCAUCCUCGGUACCGAAUAUGCCGGCGAAAUGAAGAAGGGUGUCUUCAGUGUUAUGCACUACUUGCAACCCGUCAAGUUCAACACCCUCUCCCUCCACUCUUCGGCAAACGUCGGCAUUGAGAAGCAGGAUGUCACUCUCUUCUUCGGACUUUCGGGAACUGGCAAGACCACUCUUUCGACCGACCCCCGCCGUCAGUUGAUUGGUGAUGACGAGCAUGUCUGGUCCGACCACGGUGUCUUCAACAUUGAGGGAGGAUGUUACGCCAAGUGUAUCAACUUGAGCGGCGAGAAAGAGCCCGAGAUCUACAACGCCAUCCGCUUCGGUUCUAUCCUCGAGAACGUCGUCUACAACCCUUCGAACCGUAUUCCCGACUACGAUGAUGUCAGCAUUACCGAGAAUACCCGCUGUGCGUACCCGAUCGAGUUUAUCCCCGGUGCCAAGAUUCCUUGCUCUUCUCCCAACCAGCCCUCGAACAUCAUCAUGCUCACCUGCGACGCAUACGGUGUUCUUCCACCUGUCAGCAAGCUCACUCCCGAGCAGGCUAGCUAUCACUUCUUGGCUGGUUACACAUCCAAGACCCCUGGUACCGAAGAUGGUGUCCUCGAGCCCCUCCCUACCUUCUCGACUUGCUACAGCGCUCCCUUCCUCGUCUGCCACCCCUCGCGCUACGCCACCAUGCUCGCCGAGAAGAUGGAGGCCACCAAGGCCAACUGCUGGCUCAUCAACACCGGCUGGACCGGCGGCAAGUACGGAACCGGCCGUCGCUGCCCGCUCAAGUACACCCGUGCGAUCAUCGACGCCAUCCACGACGGCUCGCUCGCCCAAGCCGACUUCGUCAAGUUUGACUUGCUCGACCCGCGCAAGGCUUGGAGCGACAAGGCUGCGUUCCAAAAGGAGGUUCGCAAGCUCGCUGCCAUGUUCCGCAAGGCGUUCUCGUUGUAUGAGCGUGAGGUGUCUGACAAGAAACUGUUUGCACCAGCCCAGAGUCUCAGUAGCUAUCUUCCCCGAAUCACUGCUCUGACCGAGUAUAAAAGGGCUAAUUGGAAGGAGACGAUUCUCCCCAAGCAACUGUUUGUUCAUUCUGCUCCCUUCUACGCUGUGUAUAAUGCGGCCGGGAAACGUCAGCAUGCCUUCCUGAGUAUGAAUCAGACUGGGGAAGAAUUGAUACCUAAACGUCUUGGCCAAUCGUAUUCCUGGUCCCGUUCACCCAUUCGGAGGCACAAGUAUGAAAACGCUAUUGUAUCGCCUCCGCCGUUGUAG